CUUGGACUCGGUGGAGCAGCAUUUCCAAUUUUGACUGCUGUUCUUCCUCGACCAGUGAGUCAGAGCCAAGAAAAGCCGAGUCUUUUCUUGCUGAAAAAGCUUGGGGGAACUGUUGCUCAGGACCUAGGCACUCCUGACGCAUCAUAUCGAUCUCACUUCCUUCUAUGGCUUCACUGUGAAAUCACUUGCAUGUUUGCAGCUCUGUGAAUCCCUCUUCUCAGGGCUCAGAGGAGGGGUCCAGGAAAACAUCAAGUGUUCCAAAGAGAGAACGCUGCGGGAGCUGUCUGAGGUGCUGAAACCUUCCACGCGUUUGUCUCCGCCAGCCCUAAGGGUUAGAUGGCACAUUUUCAUUUCUGCUUUUCUGGUCCCUCAUGCCUCAGAUAAGACUCUUUCCAGGUUCGUGAAUAUCGCUCCGUAUCAUGGCCCACGUGAGACACUUUCGGACACUAGUUUCUGGAUUUUACUUCUGGGAAGCUGCACUGUUACUGAGUUUGGUCGCCACAAAGGAAACGAACAGUGCAAGACCUCGCAGUGCUCCAAUGUCCCCUUCAGAUUUUCUGGACAAACUAAUGGGGCGGACCUCAGGGUACGAUGCAAGAAUCAGGCCUAACUUCAAAGGGCCUCCAGUUAAUGUAACAUGCAACAUAUUCAUAAACAGCUUUGGCUCCAUUGCAGAAACAACUAUGGAUUACAGAGUAAACAUUUUUCUUCGUCAAAAAUGGAAUGACCCUCGUCUGGCAUACAGCGAAUAUCCUGACGAUUCCUUAGACCUGGACCCCUCCAUGUUGGACUCCAUUUGGAAACCUGACUUGUUCUUUGCUAAUGAGAAGGGGGCGAACUUUCAUGAAGUCACCACAGAUAACAAGCUGCUGAGAAUUUUCAAAAAUGGAAACGUCCUUUACUCAAUAAGAUUGACAUUAACCCUGUCCUGUCCGAUGGAUCUCAAGAAUUUCCCAAUGGAUGUACAAACCUGCAUAAUGCAGCUGGAAAGCUUUGGGUACACAAUGAAUGAUCUCAUUUUUGAAUGGCAAGAUGAGGCACCAGUACAAGUGGCUGAAGGACUCACUUUGCCUCAAUUCCUAUUGAAAGAAGAAAAAGAUUUGCGAUACUGCACUAAACACUACAAUACAGGAAAGUUUACAUGCAUAGAAGUGAGAUUCCAUCUUGAGCGGCAAAUGGGCUACUACUUGAUCCAGAUGUAUAUUCCGAGCCUCCUGAUUGUUAUUCUGUCUUGGGUCUCAUUCUGGAUUAACAUGGAUGCCGCCCCAGCUAGAGUAGCUUUGGGCAUCACCACUGUUCUUACUAUGACCACACAGAGUUCUGGAUCCCGGGCUUCCCUACCAAAGGUUUCAUACGUCAAAGCUAUUGAUAUUUGGAUGGCAGUAUGCCUCCUCUUUGUGUUCUCAGCACUACUGGAGUAUGCAGCAGUGAAUUUUGUAUCAAGACAACACAAAGAGCUUCUGAGAUUUAGACGAAAGAGAAAGAAUAAGACAGAAGCUUUUGCACUGGAGAAGUUUUACCGUUUCUCAGACACGGAAGAUGAGGUGAGGGAGAGUCGGUUCAGCUUCACCACUUAUGGAAUGGGGCCAUGUCUGCAAGCAAAGGAUGGCGUGCUCCCAAAGGGCCCCAACCAUGCUGUCCAGGUAAUGCCAAAGAGCCCCGAGGAAAUGAGGAAGGUCUUCAUCGACAGGGCCAAGAAGAUUGACACCAUCUCCCGAGCCUGCUUUCCUCUGGCGUUUUUGAUUUUUAACAUUUUCUACUGGGUUAUCUAUAAGAUUCUUAGGCAUGAAGACAUCCAUCAGCAGCAAGAUUAAGCCUCUGAAGGCACACAAAAACACUGCAGUCAGAAAAAGUUUCCUUUCCAUCAGAGUGUGUGUAUGUGCGUGUGGUAUGCAAAUGACAGUCAAUGCAUUAAAGAGAGUACCGGGAAAGAAUUUACUUUUAUGUUCCCUGUAAAAUAACGAGACAGAUUUGUUCCUUUAAGGGAUACAAAAUGCAUAUUGUGAGGUCCUGUUUCAUAUUACUGCAAGAUGGUCUGUUUCCUUCAUAGUGUCAAUGGGUGUUAUAUAUGUUAUACUAGCACAUACAGUAGACAUUAUAACCACUUUGGGGUUUCUUGACUUUUUUAAUUCAAUUAAAGUAAAUAAGGUGGAAUCAAGACUAGCACAGUAAGAUUCAUGAAACAAGUAUAAUAAAAUAUUGAGACUAAUAAAGGUAAUAGUUUGAGAUGUAAAGUAUAUUUUAAAAGGAAAGUGACAAGAUUGUUCAGUGGCAACUUCAUUUCAGUUAGAACACUGACCAUUGGAACAUUGUAGAACCAACAUAUACAGGAACAAAUUAUCAAAUUCGAUAGACAAAACAAAGGCCAUCAUGUAGGAUAUUAAAUAUCUCUCUGUGGAAAUUUAAAAUCAACAGCUUAAGCAAUCAUGCUUUGUAAAAUAUCUAUUCAUCUUUAAAUCUCUAAGAAUAAAGAUAAAGAUGUUGUGGGAGUCUUUGUUCUUAAAUAAGUGUUACAUUUAUUUUUAAUUAGUACCAAACACUGAAAAAAAUCAGCUCAUUAGUAAUUGUUAAAUUUAGUAGCAGCUUGUCUGAAUGUUUGGUGAUUUAUGUAAUUAAACAAAUUCAAUUAGAUUUUUAUACUUAGUUUAGAAUGAGAAUUUAAAUAUUAAUAUACUAAAGUACUUACAUUUUGAUAUAAAAAUUCAAGGAAAAAUAUAAAUGGAUUCAUGGAAGAUGGAUUCUUUUUAAUAAGAAUCAUUUUCUCAUCUAAGUUACAUAAGCCCAAAAUACCUCCAAAUAGCAGGAGAAUGAAUCAAUGGAGAUUGUUUUAAUCUUUAUAAGUUAAUAUAUUCAAAAUGUAGUCAUUCACAAGUUGUGAGCAUUUAAAAACAAUUUUAAUUGGGAUGUAUCCUUGGCCCAUGCUAUUAUUUUAACUGACGUGGAGUUGUCUCGGUUCAGUCAUACAGCAGCUACGAGUGCAAGGUUUAUAAUAGAAUUCUUGGUAAAAAUUAAACCAAGCUCUGACUCAGCUAUUCUUUUUCUUAACUAUUACUGCCAUUAAUAUUAUAUUUGAAAAGCAUUUAAAGUGAUUUUAGAUGUUUUAAUUAUUGAUUAUUCUAAGAUUAUAUAAAGUGAAAGCAUCAAAAAUUUUAAAAAUCUCUCAAAUGUGUUGUAGAAAGAUUAACUGUUUUUUAACCAAAUGGUACUAUUUUCUGACCUUUAACUGCUCUCAAAAGUCAAAGCAGAAACUGCCAUUUAAAAUGAAAAACUUUUCAAUAUUUCUGUAGUUUGGGAAACCCAAUCAUAGACUUUAAAGCUAAGUUUUGAAAAAGUAACCCAUGCUAAGCAGUGCUUGCUAAUAAAAGGCAAAGUAAUCGCUUUUAUGAGUAAUUUACUUUUACAAGAUAAGAGCAUUGUGUUUGUGAUUAUAUGCAGCCGACAAGUGAAAUAACUUGUUACUGCAUGCUUUCUUUGCUGAAAAAGUACACACCUAAAGGUUAAACAUAUGUGUCAUUCUUUGUUAUCUGUGAGCCAAAACCAUCGAAAUAUAUUCAUGUAUUAAAUAUAAGAACAAGAUAUGUUGUUUAUGCUGAGAGUUAGCCAGAGGGUUUAAAGUAAUGAUGAACUACACCCCUUCAAUGUUGGCAAAAUGCUUGCAUACAUUGUCUCUACUUUAUUUGUCUUAUUUCAAAAGUAUUCUGACAUUACUUAAAUUGAAUAAAUUCUGCCUGAAGCAAACAAAAGAAAUACAACGAUCACAAGCACAGAUCUGCCCUAAAGAAAAUCACAGGUGUGACUAGCUUUCAUAUUUGAGGUCAUUACAUGUCUGGUUUUUUUAAUCUCUGAAGCUGAAAGGAAAUAUAUGAGCCUUGACAAAAUUUGUCAAGAAUGACAUUAGUUCUAUGAAAAUGUUGCUAUCUCAAAAGUACAUUUUUCUUUAUCUUUCCUUAUAAAUAAUUCUGCUUUCUAUUAUACUUACCCUGUCCUUCAACACGAAAAGUAUAAAUAGCCUUUUUUUUUUGAGGCAACCAUUAGAAGGUAAACACAGCUGAAUCAAAGGCACUUAAAGAAAUGUGUACCCUCUAAUGAACCAAUGAGAUAUUACAGAACCUUUAAGACUGGAAUAGUAACAACAUCCUAUGUAUUUGACUCAAUAGAACUGUGUCAAAUGAGAUUUUCUUUCUUAGUUCUGGAGAUAGGAACCAGAGUCUGCUAAACUUUAGGGGAAAGCUUGCUAAGCCACAACCCGAGGGCAAAAUCAGAAUCUUUUAAAUGAAAAUCAGAAAAAUAUCAAUGGUAAGAUAUAACUUAAAUAUGCAUCUGCACCAACUAUUGUUCCAGUGCAAAAGCUCCAGAGUAUUCUAAAUUAGCCAUGAGGAAAACAAUGGAGAGGGGUGCAUGAUGUUUGUUUCACUUAAUUUUAAAAUUUAUUUAUCUUAACUUGAAAUAUUGUUUCCACAGUACAUGCAUUUCUAGGUAGUCUGUUUUCUCAUUAGUAUAGAUGUGCACAACUUUCUCUUUCUUUCCUGUCGGGGCCCAGGUUGGGAAAGGGCAUCAGCACAAGAAGAAUUCUGACCACCAAGUAGAUUGCACUCUAGUGGUCCUGAAUAGCUCCAGCUAUCUUUGUAUGUAAACAGAGUUUUUCUUACCAGGGUAACAGCUUUACUAUUGGUUUCUAUUUUUGUUUUUGUCUUUCUUUCUUCCUUCCUUCCUUCCUUCCUUCCUUUCUUCCUUUCUUUUUUUGAGACAAGAUUUCCCUGUAGCUUUGGUGCCUGUCCUGGAACUAGCUCUUAUAGACCAGACUGGCCUCAAACUCACCGAGAUCCACCUGCCUCUGCCUCCCGAGUGCUGGGAUUAAAGGCAUGCGCCACCACCACCCAGGUUUUAUUUUUGACUUUUAAGAAAUACACUAUAUUUUAGGAAUGCAUCAUAAUCAUUAUAAAAGCCCCAUUUUUCUCCUUCAUGCUUCCCCGAAUCCAUUUUUCCAUCCCCUACACAACCUUUACCUAGCACUUUGGCAGGUGUACUAAAAAUUGGACCAGACACAUCCUGCUCUUGCAGCACUUAUGGCAGCUGGCAGAAACUUGCUGCUCCAAGUUAAAGAGUAGUAGAUAUCAGUACAUUGCUUUAAGGACAAGAAUAUUCAAACCCAAACAAUUCUUUUAUGCCUGCAAGAUACGUUUUUAUACAGUUUCCUUUUCUAUAAGAGGGUCCCAUGUCUCAAUCUCUCCGUAAAAGGUAGACUUUGAUAAAGUACCCCUUUUCCAUCCCAUAGCACUAUAGUUCUUCCACCAAUAUAAGGUCCUGUUGGAUCUAUCCAUUCCAUAAUUUACAUUAUAUUUGUUAUCAUUGAUUGGUAUCCAGAGAACUUACUCUCAACAGUUGGCACGAUGCGUAUUCCUGAGGCCUUUUCCUAAUCCUGUGUAUGCAUGCCGUACUCUCCUCUCCAGCGCUGGGAGACAUGGUUCAUGUUCCAAGUGUUGUUUUUUCAUAUGUACCCAUUACUUCCUGCCACUACAGGUCUGUGAGCCUCUUUCUCACAAGGUAGUUUUAUCAACCUUUUACUUAGAAAAAAUUUUAAAAACAAGACCCAUUAAUUUUUAAGUCAAAGAAAUUCCCAGAAUUAGGAGCUGUAGUUAGUAAUUCCAGAUUUAAAAAAAAAAUGUAAAGCUUUAGCUCCCUGCUGAUUCUAAAGAAAAUAUACAUUUUUUAAAAACCCACAAUUUCCAGGAGAAAUUAAUGCUUUUGUAUGCGUGACUGACAAAGUAAAACCAAAAACUGCCAAAGUAAUAAAAAAUAUAAGAGAAAAAAGAGCCUGCAAGCUGCAAAAAGUCAGCAAAGUCCUCUGCUAGUCUGUGGCCCCCUGGUUCCUGCCAACUGAGAGACCAUCUCCACGAGUCUUGCCUUGUGGAGAUCCAAUGGACAGGCAUUUAUACACGGAUGGAGACUAGGUUGCAUGGCUCCUGACAAUUUCCCAAUCACUGCAAAGGUUAUAGCUUUCUUUAUGACUUACAGUAUAUGUUAAAACCACUGGAGAAAUGGGAAACAAAUGUUUAAAUACCAUCUAUAUUCUCUUUAGUUUUCCCAUAACACAUACCCCAAAAGCUAAUCCAGCUCCCAGCUCUGCAACAUAGAGAGAGUAUCAUGAAUUCUAACCUUAUUCCAUAAUAAAUUCUUAUUGUAUGGAUAUAUUCUAAUAAACUUAAUUUAAAAUUUUCAAUUAUAAAUGCAUGAUAACCCAUAAAUACAUGAUCACAUGCAUUGAUUUUAUGACUGUCCAGUAUCUAUUUAAGAUAGUGGAAGUUAUAAUAAAAAUUAUGAAAAAAAUAUGUGUUUAACAGAAGAUAAUGAUUUCUUAGCUACUCUAAUAUUUUUGUAACUGAAUAGACUAUUUGGAUAUAAUUAUCCAUAUCUUUCAGAUUGUUUUAAAAUUACUUUUGUCUCAUUUAUUGCAAGUAUAGUCUUCUCAUCAUGAUAUACCUUAAUCUGCUAGUUACUUGGGAAAAAUGGAUUAUUGUGUUAGCAACUAAAUUUCCUUUUGUUUAUAAAGUGUGCACUCCAGGGAAUUGAUCUAUGAGAAAAUGAGAGGUAAGAAAAGUAAAAUAUGAAAUAUGUUGAAUAGUAAAAGUUGGAAAAUGGAAGCACUCCAAUUCAAUUCACUCCAAAUAAAUUUCACAUAUUUUACUGUGUAAACAACAUCCCAGACUCUUUAAAAAUAGCAUCAUAUGCUCUGUAUUCUCAGACAAAUUGGUCAGGAUUCACUGAUACUAAAAAGGCAGAGACUAUACGACAAUAAAAAUCGUGAUCAGGAUAUUAGGGACAUAUUAGAAUUAUUUCUAACCAUGCAGCAAUUUAAUUUGACAAUCUACCAAAGACAAUUAUAAUCAACAAAAGUACAACCCAUAAACACAGGACGUGCUUUACUUCAGUGGGAAGAUUCUUAAAAUAGUGAUUGAAAGAUCUUUUAUCUCAUCUUUGAAACUGCAAGGCUCCUUUAAUUAAUGCUUACCAACCAAGCACAGUUAUAAUACUGACAUUCCUGUCCUGUUAACUUGUACUCAUUUUUAACAAGAUAAUUCUGAUUGUAUUGCCUACGAUUAACUUCAAAGUUGAGCAAUGAACUGUUAUUGAAGCAUUAAUCCUUUUAGUUCUGUGACUUCAAGAGAUUGCAGACUUGAGGUAAAUGGCUGAUUUUGUGCAUUUUGGAAAAGAAUUUAGUCAUCAGAACUGCACAAUAUUUUAAAUGCCUAAAUUCAAGUCCUACAAAACUGAAUCCAAGAUUAUCUAGUCUGCACCAAAAUAUCUAAAUAAGUUCCCAAGCACAAUGUCUUUCAAAUAAUUUUAACAAGAAAAUCUUAGUUGAACUUAUGUGAAUAAUAAAUAAAAUGAAGUACUGCCACAAAAAUUAGAAUUCUAUAAAAUACUUAUAUUUUUAAUAUAGCAAGUGACUCAUAUUCUCCAUGAUGCCAUCAGAAUUCAUUGCUGUGUUUUCUUUGGGGGCUUAUAAUUCUAUCCAUAACACUACAUACUAACUACAGGAAUGCAGCUCAAGGGAGAGAGAGCUUGCCUGGCACAAAGAAGACCCAGGGUUCAAUCCAACACUACUGACUAUAAUAAUACACUGUUUAGACUGUCUCCUAGCUCUCAUAUAGAGACAGAGGAUCUGUAUAAGCCAAGGUUAGCUGUUAUCCAAAAGGGAUGUUUGAUCCCUAAAAAGGAAAUUUCACUUUGUCCCACUUAGAGUUCAUUGUACACUACCUACACUGCCACUAUUUGGACCAUUCAAUAUCCUUAUUAUUAUUUUAUUUACUUAGGAAAUUCACUGGGCACUUUGUCAAAUAUUAAGAUGUAUUCAGUCUUACAAAAUAGUUAAAUAUAAAACUGUUUAUUUAUUAAAGUGAAUUAGUAAAAGUUCUAUGUAAACUAUUUACAAUAACUUAGUUUCUUCCUAUAACUCAGCAAUUAUUUUAAGCUAAAUAUUUUUAAAUGCAUUUCAGAUAUAAAGAUAGAUAAAAUCUUUAAAGAAAUACAAAUUAAAAAACUGAAAUAAACAUAAUGCUUUUUAUUUAGAAUAAUAGUGUAAUUCAAAUAUAAUGUCCUAAUUAGGUUUUAUUUUAAUACUUGAUUUUUCUCUAAAGUGUUUAAGGAAAGACAUCAUCAGAGAAUUUGAGUUCUACACACAGUGUCUAGCCAAGCUGUUAACAUACUGGAGGAGUAAGGAACUCUGAAUUAAAUGCCAAAAGUAAAAACUGUACUUGGACUUGUUUGAAUAAUUUAGCAUUUCUUUACUGUUUCAUCUUUAUGAAUUAUGCAAAAGCUUUUUUUUAAGCUUACACUUAAAUGUAUGAGGAGUGAUGAUACUUUGGAAAAUAUAGUGAAGCAUCUUGACAUUUUGGGGGUGUUAUGUAAUAUACUGUGGGAACCAAAAUAAAAAGAAACCAUGUCAUAUAUUUUUCGAUGAAAUCGCUUUACAUGAUGUGUCGCGACUUCAUAUUCAUGAGAAAAGAUGAUCUAUAAAACUAUACCACAGAAAAGUAUUGCUAUUUUAUUAUGCUAAUUAUUUUUCUGUACAUCUGAGGUGUGUCUUUCUGAGUGGCAUAUUUGAGUACUUUAUUCUGUCCAGAUUUAUGUCACAGUUUCCAAAACAUUAUGCUUUAAAUGUAUUAAAAUGAUAUGCACGAUUUUAUCAAAUUGCUGUUUGUUAUAUUACCGUUAGUUUAAUUUUACAGCUAGCAGAUUCUCUAAUAAUCAUUAACUUGUGAAUAAUAUAUGGUCUUCCUCGUGUAACCGCAGAUAAUUUAAUCAGAAAUAGAAUAAAAAUUAAU